UAUUUAAAAAAGAAUGAAAGAAUCUUAAAAAACUAUAACCAAAAAUUUAGUCAUCAUUUUAAUCAACUAAUUCCUACAAUAUGGGAAUUCAAAAAUAAUAAACCUUGGGGAUUAGAAGAACGGAGAAAAGCCACAAAUCUCAAGAGCAUCUACAAGAAAUGCUGAUGAAAAAUAAUAAUAGAAAAGCAUAUCAGAAGAAAAAAAGAAUUCAAAAUCAAAUCUAUUACUAAAAACAGAAAGAAAAACAAAAGUAGGCUAUCUAUAAAUAACAAGGAUUUAAUAAAUAAUUUUCAAAGUCAGACCAUUGAUGAUCCCAAAUCAGAAUACUAUAAAUGAUCAAUGA